AGGCCAGCUCUGCUCUGAAACGCGAGCCCCGAAUAAAUAAAUCAUGGCCUUCCCUUGGCAACUCGACAGCACGGGCUCUGGCCCGUCCCGGGUGUGCGGGGAGGGCCUCCCACUGUCCAGGAGCUUUUAAGGGCAGGGUCUGCCCGCGGCCGGCUGAGGAGCCGCUUUGCAGGGCAGGGCACCAUGGAGGGGAACACGCACCUCCUGCAGGUCAUCCGCAAGAUGCGCUCCCAAAUCAACAGGCUGGAGAGGGAGAACAGGGCCCUGAGAGGAGAGCUGCGGGGCUGCGGCCAGAGAGCUGUGCCGGCAGCGGGAGGUGGGAACGGCGCUGCCAUCGCCUUUGAUGGGGAGGGAGCGGCUGCAGCCGCAGCAUCCCCGCAGGGCCCGGCGCCGCUGGAGCAGACAGAUACUACCAUGACUGUGAGACGCUACCCCACUGUCUCCCCAGCUCCUGCUCCUUCCAGCACAAGGUCCCACGGGGCUGGCAGGAAGCCUCCAAGCAAUGGGCUCCUGGAGGUGCCAGGCAGUGCCCAGCCACCAGCCCCUCCUGCUCCAGCACAGCUCAGCAGGGAAGAGGAGAAAGGGCUUGAAAAAUCACCAGCCUGUUGUCUCUCCUACAGCCACUCCAGCAACAUGAAGCUGUUUCAGGAGCAUGUCUAUAAGUGCCAGGGUAAAGUGAAGGCUGUGAGUUUCCUCUUACCAAUGGAUAUGUCAUCAUUUGCUGAAAAGCAAGGUUCUCUCAAAAGCCCACAAAAUCAGAGCACAAAACAUCUAAUGACCAUCACUGAAAAGGAUAUGUGAGCUGGUGAAUUUUUAAAGGCCCAUUGAUUCCUGAGAUAAAUUGACCUUUAGUGAUAGCUGUGUGUCAGGUUCCUCUCCUGCAAAACGUUUUGGCAGGAUGCCCACAGAGCAUCACCCAGCCGUGUUUCAGGUCACUGGCCUGAUGUUCAGCAUGGAAAUGGAAGCCACAACAAAGCCCAGACACUGUGAUGUGACCACACAAAGCAAAGGUGCCUCUACAAAGUGCUUCUGUGCAAUGUGUCUCAGACCCUUACCUCAGGACUGAUGUGAACAGGGUGUUGAAGCUGGGUUUGGUGUGUUUUUCACAAAAAGCAGAAACUGUGUCAGCGCUUGAGUUUGCUGAUUCCCUUGACAGAAAGGUGUCUGAUGCAAAUGACAAAAGAACUAUCAAAGAGCCUGUGAGGUUUUCUGUGUCGGUAAAACUUCCAAGCUUCACUAAUACAGCAAAGUUAAGGAGAUGCUACAGGGUCAGUUAAUGUUGCUCUGAAUUUCUGCAAAGCCUGGCAAUGAGUUUGUCCAAAUGUCCAUUUGGGGUUCACUUCUAACAGAGCACAGGGGAGAGUAAGUACUUAUUGGUAUGAAAACAUGACUACAAAUCUGCUUCUCACUUGUGCUCAUCCAGCUGGAGACUAAAGGCUGGACACCAAGCCAAAACAGGAAGAAUUGUGAAUAUCAGAAUAUUUUAGGAAUGGCUUCUCAGCACAGCUCGGACCAAAAAUUAUUAGCAGAAAUUCAGCAAGCAAGUGCAACAUAACUGUGAGAUAGAACUACAGAUAGCUUGUAAAAAAUGAGCAGUGCUUGUUAAUCUACUCAUGUAAGUGAAGACAACAUUCCAUGUUUAUUUUGAUUACAACUAUUUAUGGAAUCAAAAUACUGCACACUGCUAUUUCUUUCUGUACAGGAAGCACUGAUGAUUGAAUAUUGUAUAGAGAAUACAUGAAUAGUAAAUGUUUGUACAGAUAACUUUAAGGAAGAUUUUCAUCUCAUUGUCUACUCUUAAAGUCUUGAGUUUUCUAAGGUGGAAGCAGAGACUUAGUAGGAAAAAAUCCCCUCUGGAUUUUCCAUGAUGUUGUAUACUUCUAUGAAACUGUGUGUUUCUUUUUUCAUUUUGAAUUUCACCAUAGAUUUUAUAUUCAAGUAUAGUUUUAAUAUAU